GAGUCAGUAGAGAGUAGAUACAAGAGGGAGUCAGUAGAUACAACAGGAAGUCAGUAGAUACAACAGGGAAUCAGUAGAGAGUAGAUACAAGAGGGAGUCAGUAGAGAGUAGAUACAAUAGGGAGUCAGUAGAUACAACAGGAAGUCAGUAGAUACAACAGGGAGUCAGUAGAUACAACAGGGAGUCAGUAGAUACAACAGGGAGUCAGUAGAUACAACAGGGAGUCAGUAAAUACAACAGGGAGGCAGUAGAUACAACAGGGAGUCAGUAGAUACAACAGGGAGUCAGUAGGUACAGCAGGGAGUCAGUAGAGAGUAGAUACAGCAGGGAGUCAGUAGAUAUAACAGGGAGUCAGUAGAUAUAACAGGGAGUCAGUAGAUAUAACAGGGAGUCAGUAGAUACAACAGGGAGUCAGUAGGUACAGCAGGGAGUCAGUAGAGAGUAGAUACAGCAGGGAGUCAGUAGAUAUAACAGGGAGUCAGUAGAUACAAGAGGGAGUCAGUAGAGAGUAGAUACAACAGGGAGUCAGUAGAUACAACAGGGAGUCAGUAGAUACAACAGGGAGUCAGUAGGUACAGCAGGGAGUCAGUAGAGAGUAGACACAACAGGGAGUCAGUAGAUACAACAGGGAGUCAGUAGAUAUAACAGGGAGUCAGUAGAUAGUAGAUACAACAGGGAGUCAGUAGAUAGUAGAUACAACAGGGAGUCAGUAGAUAUAACAGGGAGUCAGUAGAUACAACCGGGAGUCAGUAGAUACAACAGGGAGGCAGUAGAUACAACAGGGAGUCAGUAGAUAGUAGAUACAACAGGGAGUCAGUAGAUAGUAGAUACAACAGGGAGUCAGUAGGUACAGCAGGGAGUCAGUAGAGAGCAGAUACAACAUGGGAGUCAGUAGAUAUAACAGGGAGUCAGUAGAUAGUAGAUACAACAGGGAGUCAGUAGGUACAGCAGGGAGUCAGUAGAGAGCAGAUAAAACAGGGAGUCAGUAGAUAUAACAGGGAGUCAGUAGAUAUAACAGGGAGUCAGUAGAUAUAACAGGGAGUCAGUAGAUACAACAGGGAGUCAGUAGAGAGUAGAUACAACAGGGAGUCAGUAGAGAGUAGAUACAACAGGGAGUCAGUAGAGAGUAGGUACAACAGGGAGUCAGUAGAGAGUAGGUACAACAGGGAGUUAGUAUAGAGUACAGUGCACUAUACUGGGAAUAAGGGAUGCAGCCAAUGUAGGCCUAAUAUCUUGUAUCCAACCAGUAAGGGUCAUGGUCAGGGUAAGGCUAUGCGUUAGGGUUAGGUUUAGGGUAGGGUCGUCCCAAGGAUCCCAUCUACCGAGGAGGCAGAACCUCCUCGCUAGAUGAGUUGAACAAAUGAAAGUAACUUUCGACUCUGUUUCUGUUGAGAUAGAGAUAAAAGGCUGCAUAUGUUAAUAUAGGGUUCAGUGCUCUAAAAUGAGUCUCUCUGUGGAGAGAGAGGAGAGGGGCCCUGCCUCUAAAAUGAGUCUCUCUGGGGAACAUGACACCAAAGCUAAGAGGCUGUCAAGCUGUGGAGUCACAGAGGAAGGCUGUGCUUCUCUCGCCUCAACUCUGAGGUCAAACCCCUCUAACAUGAGAGAGCUGGACCAGAGUAACAAUCACCCUGGAGACUCAGGAGUCCGACUGUUCUCUGCUGGACUGGAGGAGCCACACUGCAGACGGGCGAAACUCAAGGUGGAACAUGGUGGAGAGUACACAAUGAAACCUGGGCUUAUAAAAUAUGCCUGUGAUCUCAAACUGGACCCAAACACCGUAAACAGACACCUCUCUCUGUCUGAGGAGAACAGAAAGGUGACAUGGAGGAGAGAGGAGAAAACAUAUCCUGAUCACCCAGAGAGAUUUACAGACCAUGGACAGGUGCUGUGUAGAGAGGGUCUGACUGGGCACUGUUACUGGGAGGUAGAGUGGAGUGGGAGAGGGGCUGAUAUAGGAGUGACAUAUAAAGGAAUAAGCAGAAAGGGAAGAGUUAAGGACUGUCUGAUUGGAUAUAAUGAAAAGUCCUGGAGUCUGUUCUGCUCUGUCAGCAGUUACAGAGCCUGGCACAAUAAUAAUCCCACUACCAUAGACGUCCCCUCCUCCGGCUCCCGCAGAGUAGGAGUGUAUCUGGACUGUCUAGCCGGCACUCUGUCCUUCUACAGAGUCUCCUCUGACACACUGACCCACCUGUACACAUUCCACACCACAUUCACUGAGCCCCUCUAUCCAGGGUUUUAUGUUUGGAAUAACUCCUCAGUGUCCCUGUGCCAGGUGGUCGCUGUGUCAAACACAACAUGAUGUUUCACUCUAAUCAUGGUCAUGUUCAGUAAGACAGACUGGGGCAACAGUGUAGGAUAUCUCUCUAGUCAUUUUCAGUAAGACACACUGGAGCAACAAUGUAGAAUAUCUCUCUAGUGUGUAAACAUAUGAUUGUAAAUAUUCAUGAGUAAACACCAUUGAAGUUGUCAGACAUUGUCAACUAGAGUCAUUUAUUAAUAGAAUGAAUCACCACACUGUGUUGUAAAAACGUUUUUCCUUUAGAAAUCUUGUUGUUAUUGGGCAUCUUGGUGUUUGUACACAUUGUUGUCUGUAGAAUGUUUCUUUGUAAAAUUCUUGACACAAUAAUCUUGUUUCUGUAUAAACUCAAUUCCACUGAAUGAAAUGUACAUGUAACAGAUUUGACUAAUAAAGGUUAAUCAAACAGA